AUGACCAUUUAUAUGUAUUCGACGGGCUUCGAGCAAUGCUAUAAAUUGAGAGUGGCAUUGAACUUCAACCCUUUGGGUGACAAGGAUGGAAUACUGAUAUAUUGUUCUGAAAACGAUGAAGGAUUAGGAGAGUUCGUGGCACUUGUGAUCAAAGAUAAACGCGUUGAGUUUCGAUACGACAUUGGUUCUGGCACAGCAAUCAUCAGAUCAAAUUACGUACUACAACCUGGUGUGUGGACACACGUCUCAAUCGCCAGAGACUUUAAAGAAGGCAACUUGACUGUAAAUGGAGAACCAACCAUAGGAGGUAAAUCUCCAGGAGUUUCGCGCACCAUGACACUAAACACACCGCUCUAUAUUGGAGGAGUCGAUCGCAGAAAAAUUACAGUGAAUAAAAAUGUUGGAGUAAAUCGUGCCUUUCGUGGUUGCAUCAGUGAUUUAGGAGUGUCUUCUAUAAAUGUAGAUAUACUAAAGUCAGCGAUAGACUCUGCAAACAUUGAUGACUGCAACGUGUUACAUCCUAAUCAAACAAAGUUGACUACCAUCGUCACUACUCCACCAUCCACUACUACACCAUAUGACCCAUGUGCCUCAAAUCCUUGCAUUCAUGGAGUCUGCCAGAGCACAGAUUCAUAUGACUAUUCAUGCACCUGUGAAUAUGGCUAUGUGGGCAGAAACUGUGAGAAUAUUCUAAAGCAGUGUGAACUGCUUUUGCCCUGCAGAAAUGGAGGGACAUGCACGGAUCUUCAUGGAUCAUAUAAAUGCGAUUGUCGAUUGGGUUAUAAUGGACAGAAUUGUGAAAAAUUGGCAGAAAUAACCUAUGACGUUGCGUUUAGAGGAGAUGGCUGGUUAGAAUUAGACAGAUCUGUGAUGACUCACGAAGAAGAACGUGAAGUGUUAGGCUUUGAAAUAUCAACAAACAAAACUAAUGGAUUGAUCAUGUGGCAUGGGCAGACUCAAAAUGACCUGAAUCCUGAUCACUAUAUGUCUCUUGCAGUAAUUGAUGGUUAUGUAGAAUAUCAGUACAACCUGGGCGCUGGUCCAGUAGUAAUUCGCGUCACAGCUCAAAAGGUAGACGAUGGGGAAAGACAUAGAAUAAUCCUUAAACGUCAAGGUAGCGAUGGAAGUAUUGAAUUAAAUGGUGAACACAUGGAGAGUGGUUCAAGCUAUGGAACACAACAAGAUUUGAACACCAGAGGUAGCGUUUAUUUAGGUGGAGUACCUGAUUAUGCAAUGACUUACGGGAAAUAUCAAGAAGGAUUCUCUGGCUGCAUUUAUACCAUGGAGGUACAAGAUUCUGGAGCCAUUGACAUUGGAGAAAAGGCUAUCAGAGGAAAGAAUGUUUCUCCGUGCACCAGAAUGUUGAAUGACAGACUUCCAACACGCGGAGAUCUUGGAUUAUUUUAUUAAGAAGUUUCUCUGGUAUUCAUAUAAAUGGUGUGGAGUUCUUCUGAAAGCGCUGACUCCAAAAAUAAUAGCCACAAUGUGAAAGUACCGCGAUAAAUAUACAAGCAGUUUUAUAUUUGUAGAUAUACAAAAUGUAUUCCCAAAAACACAGUACCAUUGAUACUAAUAUUUUACAAUCGACUUAACUACAUUUUAUAUGGCUUCGUUUUUACAGUGUAUAAGAAAACAAUACUGAUUUCAUUUACAUGAAAAAUAUAUUUUUUUUUGGGAUGUC